CCUUCUGCUCCUCGAUUUCCUCUGUUAAUUUAAUAUGAACAUGACGAUGAGUUUCUUCUUCAUCAUUCUAUUUGCUCAGCACAUUAGCUUAUCAUUUGCCACAACAAACUAUAACGUGUUAAAUUAUGGAGCCAAACCAAAUGGCUUGACUGAUUCGACCGAGGCCUUUCUCAAUGCAUGGGCUGCAGCUUGUGGUUCCACUGGUUCGUCCAUGAUUUACGUACCUAAAGGAAGAUAUCUACUUGGCUCCAUGUCUUUUAAAGGUUCCUGCAAAAGCACUUACAUCACCAUUAGAAUAGAUGGCACUUUAGUGGCACCUGGUGACUAUCAAAUCUUAGGCAAAGCUAGCCACUGGCUUAGUUUUGAAGGAGUUAGCGGCGUUUCCAUUGUUGGUGGAGCACUUGAUGCUAAGGGAUCCAAUCUCUGGGCUUGCAAGGCUAAAAACACCAACUGCCCUACUGGUGCUACGACACUGAUGUUUACAAACUCAAACAACAUAAAGAUCAAUGGGUUACUGUCAUUAAACAGCCAAAUGUUCCAUAUUGGCUUCAAUGGGUGUCGAGAUGUGAAUGUUAAAGCUGUCAAAGUAAUAGCUUCAGGAGAUAGUCCCAACACAGAUGGCAUUCAUGUCCAAUACUCCGACAACGUUGUCAUAAUGAAUUCCGUAAUUAAAACAGGCGAUGACUGCAUUUCCAUAGGCCCCGGUGCAAAGAAUCUAUGGAUCGAAGGAAUCAGAUGUGGCCCCGGUCACGGUAUUAGCAUAGGAAGCUUAGGAUGGGAAAAGGAAGAAGAAGGGGUGAAAAAUGUGACAGUAAAAAGAAGCAUAUUUAGAGAUACAACAAAUGGAUUUAGAAUAAAGUCAUGGGCCAGACAGAGCAGUGGUUUUGUAGAAGGAGUUCGAUUCAUGGACGCUAUUAUGCAUAACGUUCAAUAUCCUAUAAUUAUAGACCAACAUUAUUGUCCUCACAGUUUAAACUGUCCCACAGAGGUGUCUGGCAUUAAAAUUAGUGAUAUAACAUAUCAAGGAAUCAGAGGAACAUCGGCUACAGCAGUUGCUAUAAAGUUGGAUUGCAGUGCCAACUUCCCAUGCAAAGGAAUCCAAUUAAAGAAUGUGAAUUUGACACAUUUACAUCAAGUAGCUCAAUCAUCUUGUGCUAAUGUACUCGGAAAUUCAAUUGGUCUUGUUCAACCUGAUGGUUGUUUGUAAAUCCAAAAUGGAUUAUUAUAAUUAGAUGUUCUGUACAAAAUUUUCCAUUACUAGUACUCUUACUUGAUACCCAAA